AUGGUUAGGUUCAUACCCGAGGACAUUCCCAAAUUCCGCAAGAGGGUAGUAGAUGAGAGCGAUGAUCAAGGUCUGGCCAUUCUUUAUUUCGCAGAUUACACAACAGUGACAGCAGAAGCGGUGAUAGGAGCGGAUGGCGUCAAGAGCCAUGUUCGACCACCUAUAUUGGGGCUUGGAAAUCAUGAAAGUCAUGCAUGCUACAGUUACAAAUCCUCACGUGCGGCGACUGAGCAAGAUACACUGAAUGAACUUGCUGGUUGGAGCAAGAACGUCACUCCCAUUCUUAGCCUGCUCAAUGAAUAUGUUGACAGUUGGGCUAUCUUUGAUAUGCUCGACCACCCUGCGUCUACUUACGCCAAAGAAAAAAAUGUUCUAAUCGGACAUGUAGCACUUGCAGCGAGUCCUCAUCAUGGCUCCGGUGCAGGCUUUGCCAUCCAGGACUUUGCCGUACUGGGUAAUAUUUUUUGA